AUGACAAAGAAGCUGGGUGGUCUCGAAGGAUCUAACCCCACGGAAGCACCUAAUACGCUCAUUCUCAGGUCAAAGUCGAAAGCAACGCCAAAGAGCCGAAGCACUUUAGAGUCGCCUAUCAUCGUCUGUCCAGGCGGCGAUUUGAUCUUGCACUAUGUCAGCUCAGCUUCUGCAGAAACCCACUACUGGAAGGUUGAUAGGGAAACGCUGAGGAAACAAAGCUCUUAUUUCAAUGUGCUGCUAGAUCCUACCAGAAGCUUCAUGGAGAACAACUCCCUCGCCAGUCAACUGGCAAAUCUGUCUACCUCAGAUGCCUUGCCUGUUGUUAAGCUACCGACAAAUGCAAUCUCGGAUCUAUAUGGAAUGGAGGCGUUUGAGCUUUUCCUCCAGAUGUGCUGCCUUGAAUCUCUGAAAACAGGCACAGCGCAAGAUGGCGAAGACAGUCUGAUGGCUGUGUUCUUCCGCAAUCUGCACUCACGGCCUCCAUCUUUGAUUGCCAGGUUGAUUGCAAUUGCAGGUUUCUAUCAGAAUGAGGAACGGGUGUGCCAAGUUUUGAGGAAUCUGAACUAUCUUGGGAGAAACAAAUCGCAAGAAAAAUUCAGCCAGGAAACCUUGAGGCUUGGCGAGGAUCGAAUCCGGCAAUGCAUAUUCAUUGCUAGAGCUUUAAAAGAACACACAAUCCUGAGGAGACUAUCACAUGCCCUGGUGGUUCUUGGCUCCAAGCACUGGGCUCAACCACCAGAAAAUCCAGGAAUCCCUCAUCUUCCAUGGCAGUACCUGGCAGAUGGACUAGAAUGGCAACUAUUCUACCGACGGCAGUGUGUUUUGAACACAAUCGCAGAUUUGCAGGCAUAUUUUCUUCGCAAAUUUGGUGGUUUAGACACCGAGCAACAAAAUCCAACAACCGCCUCAUCUGGAGCUGCGCGAAACCUCUUGAAUAAUCAAGAACGAGCAGUUCAAUGUCGAGCGGGUCUCGACAAUGCCAAUCAGUGCGAUCUUUUUCAUCUUGGCCAGAUGACUCGCUUCUUCUCAGUUCGAACAAAAUCGGUCUUUAUUGGAUCCAACUACAUCGAUCCUGAUUUCAGACCGCCAAGCACAUCAGACGAAACUGUCUCUACUCCUCACCACGUUCCACCGGUUCCGGACAUUGCGUCAAUCCUGGUGGCGCUCAAGAAAUGUCCCGACUAUCAGAUCGAUCAAAACCACAAUGCAUGCGGAAUCAGACGUCGUCUGCUUCCGAUACUAGACUGCAUUGAGAAAUUUGUGAUGGAUGGGUAUGGCUUGCUCGGUGUCCAAGCUGAUGAAUUCGAUACGUCGCGAAAUUCCAUCGGCCCGUCGUGGGCUGAGGGAUAUACCCGGGCCGUGCAUAUCACGUUCGGCCAGAUCUCGCUCGUGGAAUAUGAACCCGGUCAUCAUCAUAAGCGCGUAUACCCGUUUAGCCACGUGAGCGGGGGUAGUCUCUCCAAGGAGUGUCGUGCUCAUGCACUUUUCACUGCCCAGAAAUGUGUCUGGGAACCAGAAUCCCGAAACCCUGUGACGAGUCAGGAGCUUUUUCACCCCUAG